AUGAAUCCCGACGACUACGAUUUGAGUACAUCGGAUGGCUGCAGACGGGCCUUGACUCGAGCCUUGUUCGAUGCCGUUAAUGAAGCCAAGGCGGAAUGCUUGGCAUUGCAGCGUGAGCAGGCGGCGGUGGCGCGGGUCCCUCGCCCGAUACGACGUCGGACGUAUGUCCCCCGCGAGCACGACGUAGCGCACGAACGUCUGUUCGCAGAUUAUUUUGCCGAGAAUCUAAGGUAUCGGGAAGACGGGAUCGGCAGACCCGGACUUACGCCGUUGCAGAAGUGCACGGUUGCGAUCCGCCAGUUGGCCUACGAGACACCAACAGAUAUGUUCGACGAGUACCUUCACGUCGGGGAUACAACUGGCCGCGAAUGUCUCAAGAAAUUUUGUAAGUUAGUUGUGGAGGCUUUUGGCAACACAUAUUUGCGAUGCCCGACUGCUGAUGAUUGUCAGAGCCUGAUGCGAGAUGCACGAGACGGUGCACGGCUUCCCCGGGAUGCUAGGGAGCAUCGAUUUCGGGUCGAACAACGACAUCAACGUCCUCAACUCGUUCACCCUAUUCGCCGAUCAGUGCGGGGGUCGCGGUCCGGCCAUCCAGUUCACGCCAACGGCCGCACACAUCAUAUGGGCUACUACUUGGCCGAAGGCAUAUACCCAAGGUGGCCUGUUUUUUUGAAGACGAUCAGCUGCCCAAUUGGUGAGAGGAGAGUCUUGUUUGCGGCAAAGCAGGAGUCCACGCGGAAGGAUGUGGAGCGGGCUUUUGGGGUGCUCCAAUUGCGGUGGGCAAUCAUGAAAGGUCCGGCGCGUUUCUGGUACAAGGAAGUCAUCGUCGACGUCAUGUAUGCGUGCACCAUCAUGCAUAACACUAUAGUCGAACAAGAACGUGGACAUGUCACCGAUUGGGUGGAUGAUGAAGCCAGAUCUAGCUCCAGCACGGCGACCUCACCUGUCACUCGAGGAUUACCGGUGAGCUUCGGUGCGGUUCUACAGCGACAGGCCUCAAUGCGCAACCAACAAGACCAUACUCAGCUCAUGACCGACAUGAUUGAAGUAGUUUGGAACCGCAACCGCCGCCGUUGA